AUGAAUCCGUUCUUGCUCUCUACCGUUUUUGGGGGGAAAUUUGGAAGUGAGGAGGAUUCGGACGCAGGAGUCGUUGCCCGAUAUAAUUUGAUUAAUGAGAAGAUGGAUGAGGAACGGCAGAAAAAACGGCAGUCGGCUGGUCUAACGGUGGGCGCAAAAAUAAGGUCUCCAGAAAUAGCGUUCCAUGAGUAUCUUGAAUUCCUCACGGUCUCUAUGUGCGAGCCGGAUGCUGAAAUGAAUGAGAAAUACGCGGCUUCGGUUAAGCGUAUCGAAGGGGAGCUGGAGCAGGCUAGAGCGGCUAGGAGCACUACAGCUUGGGAGGCUCAUGGAGGUCGCUAUCGUCGUGGACUGGAUUUGUAUCCGGAUUUAAUCUCAAGACCUACGCAGAUAAAUGAGGAGAGCACGAGACUGCUGAGGAGAGAGGGAGACUGUUGUUUGGCGUGCAAUCAACGACGAUGGAAGUUGGAUGCACGCCUGAAUGGGAGAAUGUGCGACUCGAGGAAAGUCUGGGACGGAGAUAUCGGAUAUUGGUACCGAUGCUAUGGAAUGACGCCGUUACUGUCAACUGGAUUGGAAGGGGGAGAGACUCCAGCUCAGGGCCUCACCUUGAGCGAUACUGAGGAGGGGGAGGAUGAUGAGGGAGUUGACGAAGUGCGGCAUUGGAUGUUGGAUAAUUGGUUCCAUCUAGGGAAAACUUGUCGGACGCACUCUGAAGACUAUCAGUUUCUGCAGCACUAUAAGGAGAGAUUGAUGUUUCGCAUUUAUGUUAAACUGAAGAAUGCGGUGACUAUCAUCAGUAGGACGGAGAUGGCGUUGGCGAUACUGAAUAGAGAUGAUAAGAAUUGGAAGCAGUGGAAGACCGCACUAUUUGAGGAGUACACCAGAGUCACCGAUACGGCUUUUAAUGCAGCUGAAUACAAACGAGUCCGCAAUGAACUGAUGGUUGACAAAUUCGGCAAAUAA